CCUGUUGCAGUCUCCUGUGUGGUCGCUUCCAUGGCUUCUCACCGAAAAACUGCUUUUUUCGUGAUCCAAAACCGCUAUCAUAAACCACCACUGAGGACAAAGUAAUAAAGGCAGUAUCUCACCCUUCUUGGAAUCCCUCUAAUGGCAUUGUCGUUUGUUUCUGGUUUCUCUGUACUUUGGGUCUCCAUACUACUGCUCCUGGGUCGGCAAGUCGAUUCGGAACCAACUGAAGACAAGCAAGCUCUCUUAGAUUUCAUCUCCGGAGUUCUUCACGCGAAUCGACCAGAAUGGAACCAGUCGGUUUCCGUCUGCGACUGGGUCGGAGUCGAAUGCGAUGACAAUCGUACUUACGUCUUCACUCUUCGUCUCCCAGGUGUUGGCCUCGUUGGUCAGAUCCCACCAAACACCCUUGGCCGGCUUUCACAGCUCCGAGUUCUUAGCCUCCGUUCGAAUCGUCUCUCCGGAGAACUCCCUUCCGAUUUCUCUCAGAUGAAGCUCCUGCGCAGUCUCUACCUUCAGAACAAUCUCUUCUCCGGCGUGUUCCCUUCGAGCGUGACCCGAUUGACUAGGCUCACACGGUUGGACAUCUCGUUCAAUAACUUCACCGGCGACUUACCUUUCUCCAUCAACAAUCUAACCCACUUGACUGGGCUUUUUCUACAGAAGAAUGGGUUCUCUGGGAAUCUCCCCAGCAUUAAUCCCUCUGGUUUGACGGAUUUCAAUGUUUCAAAUAACAAUCUCAACGGCUCCAUCCCUCAAACGCUGUCAAAGUUCUCAGCUUCGUCUUUCGCCGGCAACAUAAAUCUUUGCGGCCCACCGUUGGAGCCCUGCAAUCCAUUUUUCCCCUCCCCGGCUCCGUCUCCCUCUACGAAUCACCAAGGAAACAAACCCCAGAAAAGCUCAAAAAAGCUAUCCAAAGCAGCAAUCAUUGCGAUUUCUGUCGGAGCAGGCAUAAUCCUACUCCUUUUGCUUCUGAUUCUUCUUCUUUGCUGCCGAAAACGGCAGCGCAGGCAGGCAGCGAAGCCGAAGGCGGCGCCUCGUACGGUGGUUGCAGAGGCGGGCACUUCAUCUUCGAAGGACGAUAUCCCAGGUGGGUCAGGCGAAUCGGAGAGGAACAAGUUGGUUUUCUUCGAAAGUGGGAUUUAUAGCUUCGAUUUGGAGGAUCUACUGAGAGCAUCAGCGGAAGUAUUGGGGAAAGGAAGUGUGGGUACAUCGUAUAAGGCGGUUUUAGAAGAAGGAACAACGGUGGUGGUCAAGAGAUUGAAGGACGUCGCCGUCACGAAGAAGGAAUUCGAGUUGCAGAUGGAGCUCCUGGGUAAGAUUAAACAUGAUAAUGUGGUCCCCUUAAGGGCGUUUUACUUCGCCAAGGACGAAAAGCUGCUCGUCUCCGAUUUCAUGCCCAAUGGAAGCUUAUCUUCCCUUCUUCACGGGAGUAGAGGAUCGGGCCGUACACCACUGGAUUGGGACCACCGGAUGAAGAUAGCACUGAGCGCCGGGAGAGGGCUGGCCCACUUACAUGUGUCAGGGAAGAUCGUGCACGGCAACAUCAAGUCCUCAAACAUAUUGCUCAAGUCGGACCUGGAUGCAUCCGUGUCGGACUUCGGGUUAAACCCGUUGUUUGGCACUUCAACGCCGCCGAACCGGGUUGCGGGCUAUCGUGCGCCGGAGGUGGUAGAAACUCGGAAGGUAACCUUUAAGUCUGACGUGUACAGCUUUGGGGUUUUGCUUCUGGAGUUGCUGACUGGGAAGGCACCGAAUCAAGCGUCGCUCGGAGAAGAAGGGAUAGAUUUGCCGAGGUGGGUCCAAUCGGUGGUGAGGGAGGAAUGGACGGCUGAGGUUUUCGAUGUGGAGUUGAUGAGGUACCAUAACAUUGAGGAGGAGAUGGUGCAGCUGCUCCAGAUUGCAAUGGCUUGUGUUUCGACGGUGCCAGAUCAACGGCCUGAUAUUCGAGAAGUGGUUCGUAUGAUGGAGGACAUGAAUCGGCCCGAUACUGAUGACGGUAUCCGUCAAUCGUCUGAUGAUCCUUCCAAGGGAUCUGACGGUCAAACGCCUCCCCAGGGGUCGCGGACUCCUACUGCUUCUGUCACACCAUAGUCCAGC